AUGAGAAAGGUCAAGGAUCAUCCUGAAGUACGUCAAAGCAGGGAUUUGAACGAGGACGUGAAGUUGUUGAUAAGUGAUCGAAUACUCGCCGACAGUCCGUUACCCAGUGUUUUUCUCCUGUACAACAAUCUCUACGAGUUUAGAAUGUGGCGAAAGUCGGUGGAUGUACGAGUGAGCGAUUUGCGAGCACUCUGUUCAUCAUCUGCACCUCGUGAUAUCAUAAUGAACUGUCCAUCGUCAUCGUCUGAUUCGAUUUUCCGAAUCGAAUUGCCUAAUGGUAAUACCACGGUGAUCUCGCAUGAGAACCAGAAUCCUCGUGAACUGCUCGAAAAAGUCUGCUUGAAGCUUGCAGUACAGGUAUGUUGUUUGUGA